UCUCUCUCUCUCUCUCUCUCUCUCUCACUACAGAAUGAUCCAGGCUCCAUUGGAAAGCAUUCCAGGGAGCUCAUCAGAUCCAAAGCUGUCCUUCAUUAAUUCAUCCUUCUCGUUUUUCCCCAUUAAAGCAUCACGCUACAGAAAGCGAGAAGCUGUGUUCAUGCCAAAAUGGGAUGUGGAAAUUCUUCAGCUACCAGCACAACAGCGGGAGGUGAGUGCUUGUCCUGCAGAGGCUGUCAAAGAUGUGACAGAAGAACCUUCACCAGAUGAUGAGAAACGAAGGAACUAUGGAGGUGUGUAUGUUGGGCUUCCUGCUGACCUGACCACAGUAGCUGCCAGCCAAUCAAAAUCCUCACAAAAAGGUGAGGAAAAAAUGUACACAAAAUACAAAGAUUGUCCUUAAAAUAAAAACAAAU